AUGGCGGCCGCCGCCUCGUCUGAUGCCAGGUCUCCCCCAGUCGCAAUGUCAGACAAGAAUGCGGCUGCGCAGGCCUUCACCGACCGGCUUAAUGCCACGCCAGCGAGCGGAUCUGAGGCGGAUCGCUUCCGCGAGGCGGACGAUCGGCUCAAGGGCCUGCCGCCGGCCACGGUGAAGGCGUUGCAGCGCUUCGGGGACGCACCCCCGCCGGAGGUCGUCACCUGCAUGGCACCUCUGAUUGAGGGCCCCAUACUUCGAGCAUCAUGGGUCGAUGUCAGUAGGGUUGCAACCUAG